AUGUCGUAUAAAUCAUCUUAUUUUCGAUGUCUUGAACAUCGAUUAUCAACCUUACAUGAAGAUAUGGAUGAUCAAGAAGCAUUAACUGUUAUUAAUCAUGAAAUAUCACCAGAAAAAUUACAAUCACUUGUACGACAAGGAAAUACAACAUCAUUUAUAUUUUCAAUUAAAAAUCGUAUUGGAGGUUUAGCAAGAGCUUUAAAAGUUUUUCAAGAAAAUGGCAUCAAUGUCGUACAUAUUGAAUCUCGUCGUUCACGUCGUAAAGAUUCGGAAUAUGAAAUAUAUGUUGAUUUAGAAGCGGAUCGUACUCAUCUUAAUGAAUCUAUGCAACAAUUAAAACGUCAAGUAUCUGUUGUACGAUUUGAUUUAAAUAAUCUUAUUGAUUUAAAUGAAAAUACUGGACAAACAAAUGAUGAUAUUUUCACCGAUACGAAUAGUAUUUCAAAUGGUGAUGGCGAUAUGGAUAUACCACCUCCAUCACCUUUUCUUGAUAAAAAUGGGCAACCAAUAAAACGAAAAAGUAAGUUUCCCAGUUAA